AUGAUGGACUAUGGGGAUGUGAUGACGACCAGUGACUGGCCCGACAACGCCAUGAAAUACAACGGAAUCAGCUGGCCGACGGUUUGCUUCGACGACGCGGAGGCCCACUUCUUCACCAUCGGUGAUGCUUUGCUGAAGUUCAGCAGGGUGAAGUCGAGUGAGAACAGGGACCUCUCAGAUUACAAUGCGCAGACCCUUGUCGCGAGCCAAAUGAAGGUGAAGGCCCAGGAGCUGCAGCAGAAGGGCACGCCGCCCAGGUUCGUGCUCAACGUAGGUGACAACUUCUAUCCCGGUGGAAUCAAUGCGCACUGCGACAGCGUCAACACCCCAUCGGAUUCCUUCUUGUCCUGGCAGCAGGAAGCUCAGCUUGCAGUCACAGGUGAAAGCAUGAGCAUACUCUUCCGUCGUCCCCACGCCUUGCUCUUCCGCGUUCUGUGCCCCAGGUUCAGGCAGGUCUUCGAGAACAUGUACAAAGUGGAGGACCUGGGCAACAUGGAAUGGUGGAGCGCAAGAGUCCUCGGCAACCACGACUAUGGUGGUGUCUGCUACAUCAAGGGCUGGGACCAGCAGAUCUUCUACACCUUCAAGGAUGGUGGACGCUGGAUCAUGCCAGCUCAGUAUUGGCACAGGCGUGUUCAGUUCAAGACAUUCGACGCGGAUAUCUGGUUCUUGGACACGAAUGUCCUCGACACGCAGAACCCGGCGGACAAUCCAGACCACAACCUUUGCGCCAACAGGGGAAACUCGGACAAAUUCCAGUACUGCGAGAAGAACAGGCGCGCCCGAGCCUGGACUUUCGGGUUUUUUUUUCUCAGACUGCCAGGAUUCGUGACUUUGUUUGAGCGGAGCCGAGAUCACGUGUAG